UAAAUAGACAUUUCCCGGGGCUGCCUGAUGGUGAAGGGGUUGUUUAGUAAAUCUUUCUCCUUUUAAGGAUUCAUUUUCGGAGACCAUUUGAAAACACCAGUUUCUUUUUUGUCUUUGGGGAGAUCCUAGGUUUCAUCAAGUCAGCUGAGUUUGACAAUAUUCCUCUCUGCCAGAUUUAGAGACAGGCCUUGGCUAUUUUGAAUCACCUCUCCAUGGAGCACAGAGAUGAGGAUGAUGAUGAUGAUGUGUCUUUUGCCAAGUGGAUGAGCAGCUUCUGGGGUCACAGCUGGAUAGAGGAGGAUGAGAGAGGACUCCGGGCCCGCCGAGGAUCACAGGACACCAGCUACAGGAAAGCUUCCCUGCCCUGCCCAUUUCCUUUUCUUCCCAGAGUCACAUCAUAUGACAGCCAUCCUAGAAGGCAUUCUCAUGAGGACCAGGGAUUUCGAUGUCGUAACCACAUGAGAGAUUACAGAAAACGCUCAGAGGAUGGGCCCUUCAAGGACCCAUUGGAAUCAAACAGAAGAUCCCAUUCCAAAACUCGGGCAUUUUCAGAGUCCUUUGAACAACAACUGUGCUUUGGAACCAAACGCUCUCUGUCUUUGGGACCUGAGAGCAGGAAGGAAAGAAAUGAAAGAGAAAGCCUGCGGAUAGAGACAAGAUCCCGGGAGAAAGUGAGGGAAAGAAGGAGCUCUAGGAAGGAGGAGCAUGGGGAAGCAUCCAUGGUUCCUCUCUUGGAGAAAGGACCCAAAUAAGACUUUGUUUCCACUUUAGGACGACAGAUGCUGCUGCGGUUUUUGAGUUCUGUAUCCUAUGCUGGGGGUGGUAGCUGUAAAAAACUGUCUGCAAUGCUGAGUGAUGGAAGUGGGUGCUGGUUGCACUGCUCCCCAAGAAGACUGCAUCAUUCUCCAGCUCUGGCACCUAAGUUGAGAGUUUGAUUUUGUUGUCCUUUUAUGAGAAUCCUAUAUAAUAAAAGGCUAAUAUGC